AUGUCGACCAUUGAGGAGACCAUCACGGCGCCGAAGCCUGAGCCAUAUGAGGAGGAGGAUUUCUCAGAUUCCGAUCAAGAGCCAGAUGGCCAAAAUCAUAACCAAGAGCCCGCUCAAGUGCAGAAACGGAAAGGUGGUCGAAAGCCCAUUUACGCAACAUCGGAAGAAAGGAAGCAACGGAACCGUCAGGCUCAAGCUGCCUUCCGAGAGCGUCGGACGGAAUAUAUCAAGCAAUUGGAGACGACGAUCAAACAUCAUGAAGAGACGCUGCAGAGCCUACAACAAAGUCACAGAUCGGCCGCAGAUGAGUGUCUGAUGCUUCGGUACAAGAACUCUCUUCUCGAGCGCAUACUACUUGAAAAAGGUAUUGACGUUCAAGCUGAACUACGAUUGAAAACAGAAGGUUCUCACGUGCUCUCACAUCCCGCAUCAGGAUCCGCCGCUCCUCAAAGCUCUGCCGUCCAGAGAGCUGUCAUGAACAGAAACAGUCAAGCAAGACGGCCAACCGCGAGCUCUAUCGCAAAACCUAUCAGGCCUCAGCAAUUCACACAACCACCUAGAUCUCAUUCGCUCACAACUCACACACCUUCUCCACUAAGCGCUUCUCGACCGAUGGACGGAAUAGGUCGAGGGAUGCUCAAUGACAAGAAUCAACGUCCUCAACACCCUAUUCAACCACGCACGCAACCUCAACAGGCUAUGAAUAAUCCAAACAUGUCGCGACCUAAUCUGAUGCAUCCAUUGACUCCUACCUCAAAUGACGGCAGCCGCACUGACCUCACUAACCCGGGGACACAGCCAAACUAUUACCCCCCAGAGUACCAAGCACAUCUAGAGCAAUUAGGUGAGUCUGUUGUCUCUUCACCACCGGCGAUCAAGGUUAACAAUUUCUCAGAACAAGAGUACGAUGCGCAUGCCAAUAUGUUGGAGGACGAGAUUCCAAGCGAUACCUCCACUCCAGGCUCCGGUGGACCUAGUCCAUAUCCUCAGAAUUACCAACCGCGCAACGUUGCCCCGGGCACUGCGAUACCAAUGGGUCUUCAAGGAGCCCAGCAGAUCAAUUACAUGCCCAUGCCAUCGUCUACGUCACAACCGUCUGAUCCACAAAUGUACGGAAUGCCGAACAUGGGAUUCGACCCUAAUGAUCCUGCGCUAGAUGCCGACCCGUUCGGCCUGACAGCUAGCAUGCAUUUUCCCACUCAGUUCACAUAUCAGGAAGGAGCCUUGGUGAAACUUCUUUGGGGGAUCAGCGUCACUGAGGCGCCUAGCCUACACGUCGAUGACAAGAACCUGUUGAAGUGUCUACGCAGACAAGCAGGCUUACAUGCCUCGCGAGCUGUGGAAAGAGAACCGGUGGUUGGGUCGUCAUUGCGAAAUUUGAAGGCGGGUUCAAGACAUGGUGAUCAAAAUACACAACAACCUGCCGUUGCUUAUGGCUUGUCUAAAGACUUCACUACUCGGGUGGAAUGGCUGUCAGUCCACCACAAGCCUGAGGAAUACUUCACGGCUUAUCCUGUUGCAAAGGGGAGGGACUCGGGCGGGCACCUGCAUAGCGUAGGUGUUGGCGAUGAGGAUGAAGGAGAUCAUACCCUACGGUGA